GAUGACGCAGUUAGAAAGCGCCGAGUCGCCAGUAGUUGAACUAACAAGUAUAAAAGAGUUUUGACAGAUUCUUCUAAUUUGUGCUGAUGUUGGCGCGUGCCAGAUGGUCCAGGAUCCAGCCCGGCUCUGCUUAGUGCUCCUUCUUCACCUGUGUGAGCCAUCAUGGCGGAGGAGGAAGGCAUUGUGACAGAGCAGAUGGAUGAGGCUCCGGGUGGACUGUGCUGGCUGUCAGUGCUGUCCUGCCUACUGCUUGCCUGCUGCUAUGUUGGCAGUUUAUAUGUCUGGAGGAGCGACCUGCCCAGGGACCAUCCUGCGGUGAUAAAGAGGCGCUUCACCAGCGUCCUGGUCGUGUCGGGCCUUUCGCCUCUCUUUGUUUGGGCAUGGAGAGAAUUCACAGCAGUCAAGACUGUCUCACCAUUGUUGGCCCUCUUGGGCAUUCGGCUUGACGGUUUUAUUCCUGCGAUUGUUCUUCCUCUGCUGCUGACUAUGGUCCUGUUUCUGGGCCCACUAAUGCAGCUGUCCAUGGACAGUCCCUGGAGCUUCAUAGAUGGUGUUCGUGUGGUGCUUGACCCGUGCUUCUGGACGCUGUGCCUCAGCGACAUGCGCUGGUUGAGGAAUCAGGUGGUGGCGCCGCUGACAGAAGAGUUGGUGUUCAGAGCCUGCAUGUUGCCCAUGCUGGUGCCGUGUGCCGGUCCUUCCACUGCCAUCUUCACCUGCCCUCUGUUUUUUGGAGUGGCUCAUUUCCACCAUGUCAUAGAGCUGCUGAGGUUCAGACAGGGCACCCUGUCAGGAAUUUUCUUCUCAGCAGUGUUUCAGUUCUCCUACACAGCAGUGUUUGGAGCUUACACUGCAUUCAUCUUUAUCAGAACAGGUCACCUGAUUGGUCCGGUUCUCUGUCACUCCUUUUGUAACUACAUGGGUUUCCCAGCCAUCAGCACUGCACUGGAGCACCCCCAACGCCUCGCCAUUUUAUCAUCCUACCUGAUGGGAGUUCUUCUCUUUUUCAUGUUGCUCUUUCCUUUAACAAACCCUUCCUACUAUGGGGUCCCUACUCCGGUCUGUACCCUCACCUCGUCCCCCAGCUCUCUCUGUUUUUCCUGACCCCCUUUCUCUGCCUCCACAGGCGUAUCUGCAUUUGUCCUGUUGCUGUACAAUAUUUAGGCAAUCGAGGGUUUGGUGUGUUUCACCAGUGAAGUGGCGCUGAUGUCCUUUACAAAUUGACUGGACAGUGCUGACAGGUUUCGGGGGGGGUGUAAUUUCUAAGUAAACAUUAUUUAUGGUUUUCUUUAUACAAAAGGUGGUCACAUCUCAGAAUGUGUUGAAACGAAGGUUAAUGCUCCGGGGAACGUUCUGUUCCUUCACUGACCUGAUGACCCGAACACAAAUCAUCUUCACAGCCCGUGUUUUUUUAUGUGUUCCCACAAACUUUGAUUCAAGCUUAGUAAAGGCUUGUUUGGUAAAAUUUUCCAGAUUUUUUUCUUUUUAUUAUUAUUAUUAUUAUUAUUAUUAUUAUUAUUAUGCAGCUUUCAGGUCUGUGAGGUAAUCAGACGCUUUAUUUUGCCGUUAUCUUGAUUCGUUGGGACAACCACACAAAUGGUGACGGUUGGGUUUGGUUUCAUCCCUGCUGUAUGAGUCGGGUCAUAGGAGGAUCUACAGCAGGUCCAGGUUUUGUUGGCUGAUCCAGAAUUCAUGCUACUUGUUAUGAGCUACACUUUCCCAUCUGACUGCAAUCUGACAUCAUCAGCAGGGUUUCUGUUAUCUCUGGCUGUGUGAACCUUCCGGAAGAAUCAAUACUGCUGUAGCUGCACUGAAGUACAGGAACAGAAAUUGUGUCAUUGCUAGUAUAUUCUGCAAGAUAUCUAGUUUAUUUUUAUAUUUAUGGUUUGAUUUUUAGCAUCAAGUUUUUUGCCACUUUGUUUUUAAAGCGGAGGUUCAAUCUUUAAUAUGUCCUACGUUUAGUCAUAUUCAGUAAAUUUGAUUAUUGAAGAGUUUAUUUAUUUCAAUAACUCAAUUGGGGGAAGCGCAUUAUAUAGAUUACAUACAGUUUUCAAUCUUUCAUUUCUGUUAAUUAUGAUUACAUUUCACUUUCAGUUAAUGAAAACAUGACAUUUAAGAUUGGAAUAUUUCAUUGGAUCAAUAAAAGUUCCUUUUAAUACAGAAAAGAGAGCUUCAAAAAAAUGUCUAAAGCUGCAGUGUGUAACUUUUACAAAAAAAUGCUUGUUUUUUUUUUUUUUUUUUUGCAUAUUUGUUAAAGCUGUCACCAUGCUGUGACAGUACAGUAUGAGACAGAUAAUCUGUGAAAAGAUUAUCUCUGUCACCUCCUCACAGUGCUUCUAUUGCCAUCUGAAGAAAUGCACCAAAAACAACCAAUCAGAGCCAGGAGGAGGGGCUUAGUGCUGUCAGUCAAGCUCGAGUACACGCUGCUAAAUGUGCUAAUGGCGGGAGAACAACUUCUCGUCCCAGAAUCGUUGUUUAUCUGCCCAGAGAUCAUAGGACGGUGGGAGAAUGAGCGAUGUGUACAUGAGCCUAAAUAACAGCGCUAAGACCCUCCUCCUGGCUCUGAUUGGCUGCUUCUUGUUAGCACUGGAAGAAGGCAGAGGAGUUUGAUUUCUUUUCACAGAUUAUUUGACUCAUUGUCACAAGAUGGUGACAGUUUCAAUAAAAAUAACUCAGAGGUUACAUACUGCAGCUUUAACCUCUGCUUCAAGGUUCAAAAGGUACUUAUAACUGUGUAGUUACCUGACUAUAUGUAUUUUAGGUGGCAGUAGUUGAGUGAUGGAUGACAGAAUGGCUCCAGUUGUUUAUCUCUGCAUGUUUUGUCUUUAGACACAUACAGAACCAUUCAGUAGCUAAGCUAGUUAUCUCCAUGCACAACAAGUUUCAGAAUCUUUGCUUUUUCUUUUUGUCUGAUUUUCAUCUGCAGUAUGGAUAGAAUUCUAUUCAUCUUCAUAUUUUCUAUCACCAAACGUUGGUACUGCUCAUAAAGUGUGUCAUGCUUAAGAUAGAAUGCUCAGAAGUUUGGUAAAGCUUCCACUAAAUAUUUAUUUUAUUCUUUUCAAGCAUCUUGUUAAAUGUUCCAAAACAGUCAGUAUAUUGACAAUAUGUAUGAACAUUUAACAGGCUUUACUCUGGUACUUUGGGGUUCUUUGGUGCAUUGCUAAUAUUAAAAUGAUUUAAUAGCUUGAGAGAAACAGCACGUAUAUGAGAGUUGUCACUGAAGAGUGCAAAAAUAUUUUUGUGGUAAUGGUUGUCCCUUCUAGAUAGAAAAUUUAAUGUGAAUGUCCCACAACCUCUCCCUCAAUUAAAAGCCGUGAAACAAUCCUGUAAAAGCAAAUUGGGGGAAGAAAGGCAGUUACUAAUUCAAGAGUGCAGCAUUGCUAUAUCUGCUAUAUUUGUACAGCCGAAACCAGCAAAGUUUCCCUUCAGAUGUCUCCAGACAGCAUCCAGUGACGGUUGGCUGAAUGUUAGAGGUCCAGAGCAGUUUGUUGAACAUGAGAACAACUUCAUCUGAAGGACAUAAAAAUAUUAGAACAUUGUCAACAAGUUCUCAACCCAACUUCAACAAAUCACUCCAAAUAUUAAUAAUUCACUUCUGGACUAAACAUUUGUCACCGUUCAGAGAAACGGAGCGAUUCAGACUCUGCAUCAUCAAAUACCUAAAUUUCACACGUCUGAUAGCAAUCAGUGAUUAAAAACCAUCUUCAUCGGGACGUUGCCAAGUCAUUUUUGACAGCUAGCAACAACUGCAAGAGGAAAAAUGAAUGUUGUUUGUGUUCCUCAGAAAACAUGCUAGUACUCUAUAGAAACCAGUGGCGUUUCAGUCCAACUAAUAUGGCAGAGAAACGUGAACAGUGUGAUGUUUGGGGCGGGUUUGUCCGCUUUUGUAUUAACAAUAAAAGUAGAAGUUGUGUUUAAAACUGAUGGUGUAUUUUGGCACAUCAGAUUGAGCAGUUUGGUGGUCCACCACUGGUUUGUAGCUCAGUUGGUAGGCUUGAGGAAAUUAGUUGUGGUUAAGGGCAAAACCAAACCAGAACAAAAGCUGUAAUUAAGAAAUAUGCGUGUGUCUGUGUGUGUGUGUGUGUGUGUGUCCAGUUUUGACUCGAUCAUAUCUUUGCACUUUCAGCUAGUCUUGUAGAACAUCAGUGCAUCAGUCGAUCACUUCAGCAAGACCUUCCACUUGGCAAUAUUUGAAAUUAGGCAGCUGGGAGGCAGAACAUUUCUAUGAAGAUUGAUGUUUAUGAUCAAUAAAUUGAUUGUCUAACAGAAUAAUUUUUACUCAAUCAUGUGUUAUAAGUUAUGUUGUGGCUUGAAGUACUGUGAGGACAUUGUUCAGGCAGUGAGUUCAGGUAAAGGACGGAUGAAGUGCCAGAUCUAAUUUGUGCUUUGGCAGCUAAAUGAAACAAAGCAGAUUCAUGGAGGGUCAAAGGUUUACAUCUACUGCACUGGGAAUGAAUCAUUUCAUGGCACACAGUCAAAGAACCCCCCUGACUCUAAUGGAAUUUUAAAUAUUGAGAGAGAAAAGAAAACAACUUACUCUAACAUAUUUAAAUCUUUAGUUUUUUUCUUAUUUUUAGUUUGUUUUUUUUUGGGGGGGGGGUGUUUCCAAGUAAAUCUCCCAUCAAAAAAAAAAUCUUACAUGUGUUCAAAACUCUUUCCUAACUCCUCUUCAAGGAACACAUUUAGAGGAGCUGAAAAUCCUUUUUUGUUGCAAAUUCUCUUCUGUGCUGCUCCUUCUUUCAGUCAUAUAGUCCAAACUUGGUGUUCUAACACCUAAUCUAAUCUAAUACCAUGAAUGUCUCAUUAAGCUACCAUGGUUACAGCAACCUGUAGCUGUCCAGCUUCUAAGGGUGCUAAGUUUACAACACACACAACACACACCCUGAACUUUGAUUGGCUGAACAAAGCCCAACCACUGCUGAUUGGUUGGAUUUACUGUCACUCACCACAACAGCAGCAAAUUAGAACUUGCUGUAUGUUUCCUCUUAUUCAGGCAGGGUCAGAUAUAUACAUACAGUUAAGCUAAUAAUAUUUGAUUUAAUAUCCAUUAGUAAAAUACACUUAGACCAGACACUAUGCAUGCCUGGACUUUCGACCACUCUUCUUAGUAAAAUUGGUAGAUAGUUGAUAUAAAUUGGUUAGUUUUCUGCCACAGUUCUGGCAUUGACCCAAAGGCCAUCAAUUUUCAACAGUGUUUUUUUGCUUUCUGUAACUUGCUUGUUUGUGUGGUUGGGGUUGUUGGGUGGUUGGAACAUCCAACUCUGCCUAUGUUGAACAAUCUACCAGUGUGAUUUUGGUUAAGUUGAAUCUUUUGGAGGCAAUCCUCCGUCUUCAUUAUUCCACCCAGUGAUGGCGAACCAACUGACGCUCAACGUAAUCCUACCACCACCAUGCUUGACAGAUGGGACAGUAGUGCUACGUUUGAAAGACUCACAUCAAUGUUUUACAGCAGCUCAGUCUUUGUCUCACCUGAAUGUAGAACAUUUCUCUAGAAGGUAUUUAGGUUUUCUAUGUGGGCAGGUGCAGGUUUUAGCCCAAAAUAAUGAUGUGGUUCUGGAUUGGAAAAAGCAGGUUAAAGGUUUGAUUUUGAAGUCUUCUGUGAAGUUAUUAUUGUUAAUGGUAGCCAUGCAUGGUGUCAAAUUACAGUGAGCUUGGUAAAAAGUAAAAUCAUCCUUGGAGGGAAAGCUUACAAAUUGAUGUAUGCUGCAUCAUAACAGAUGUUUAACCUCACAAGACGGCAAUAAGAACAACGGCUCUAUCUGUUGAAGUGUAGACUAAUAGUACAACACCAACACACACAAUGUAACAUUUAUAGUUUGAGAGUUAAAUUGUUAAUCAGCUCAAACAAAUGAUGUACAUAUGUUGAGCUCACAGAUGCCACAGCUAACAUUUUAUUGUCAAUAGUUUUUCUACUGCAGGUAGAGAAACUAUUGACAAUAAUUUCACAGAAUCUCACUUCAAAAACGCCAAAUCCACCCUUUAGCCCUCACCUGACACGCGCAUACGUUUCCUAUGCUCUUUUUUCUACGUUUUCUAUACUCUUCUAUGGAAUAAGUUACAAAGAGCAGUUUGGCAUUAGAAUAAUUUAAAAGUUUCCACAAAUAUUUUUUUAUGAUGAAUCUUAUGUGAUGAGUUCCAGGUCUUUGACAUUUGAAGGCUUACCUGCCAUCAGCCUCAUCAUUAGAUCCCACCGUCUGAUUUAGGUCUCACCUUUCUGGGUCACUUCAGAGUGUUAGUAGCUCCAGUCAGACGACACAUGCUUGUAAAAUAAGAGAACUUUAAACCUUAUAGCUGCAGUAUGUAACUGUAAUAUUCAUUUUUUUUUUAUAUUUGUUGGAAAAGUCACUAUGUUGAGAGAGUUUGGUAUGUGAAGACGUUAAGGUCUUCUGCAUCCUCCCAGUGCUAACUAGAAACAACUAAUCAGAGCCAGGAGGGUCUAAUGGUGCGUUCACACCAAACGCCUUACGUGCGCCAAAAAUGCGUCCAAUGCUUCAAGUUCAACGCGUGUGCACUUUGAAUGCAGACGAUGGUGCAUUCGCACCAAACGCGUUUUGUAUGUUGGUUUACAUUCUAAGUCUAUGUGGACGAGGACUAGCAUGGCAAGAGCGUCAAAAUCGCUUUUUUGUUGCUGACCUAUUUGUUGGAUGUGUCAAACACUUAAAACGCUGCAAAGGGCCCUGGACGCAUAAAACACGUUUGGUGCAAACGCGCCAUUAACGCCGUCAAUCAUGCCUUUGUGCCUGCUACAGUGCAGCUUCUCCUCGUUAGCAGAGCGUGUCGUGAAUGCUAAGGUUAGUAAAACUUCGUCACCGAUGAUGGCGGAUAAAUGGUUUUCCCAUAAUGCCAAGUUUUUUCUCCACCAUUAGCAUGUUUUGCAAUGCAUUUUUGAGGUUGAUUGACAGCGCUAAGUCCCUCCUCCUGGAUCUGAUUGGUUGUUUUCUGUCGGGAGCGGUGCAUUCCUUCAGAUGGCAAUAGUAGCUAAGGGAGGAGAUUGAUUUCUUUUUUUUUUUUUUUCACAGAUUAUCUGUCUCAUUCUUCCACAGCAUGGUGACAGCUUUACCACAUAUGUAUAAAACAUUUAUUAUAAGUUACACACUGCAGCUUUAAAACAUCUUCAGAUACGAGUCAUUUUGGGUUUAACUAUAUGAGCAUGUACGUAUAAUUGAUCAGAAGUAGACAAUAGAUCCUAAUUUGUCACUUAAUAGCUCUAAAUCAAAGUGGUUUGUUGUAUGUAGCGCACGCUGAGUUUUAUAAAUAUGGGGAGCAGAAACUUAUCACCAUGCUGUUGCUCCGUAGUCGAUCCUUAUGCAGAAAAUCAUUUUAUUUGGAGACUAAUUGGAGUGAAACUUUGGAAACACAGAUACAUGACGCAGACAUUAUUACUUUUUUGUGGACGUAAUAAUGUCUGUUCAUCGACGUACAGACAUACUAGCUAACGUCUUAAAUUGUGAGAUGUUUUCACCAGUCUCACCCUGUACAAUGACCCACUCAAGCUUCUGCAAAAUACUUUUGUUAGGAAGUGGACAACGCCAGGAAUGUGUGUAUGACUGUCAUCUUGACACCAACUUCUGUGCAACUCAGGCCUCUUUUCUAGAACCUGGCCCUGUCUGGUUAGCAGCUUCUCCCCCGCCCCCACUACUAUAAAACAUAGCCAUCUUUUGUGCGUUCCUACUAAAUAUAUGAGCCACUGUGUCAGUCUCCUACAUGUCCUCUGACUACAAAAAAAAUCAUGCCAUUGUCUGCUGAUCUCACUGAAGCACUUAGUUGGAUUUUUGUUUCAACUGUUGUAGAAAAUAAAAUGUCACCUGCUAAUUAUUUUUUGAGAAUCUGCUGCUAAAAAAUGUGGAAGAGACAAAGAAAAAAAAAGUGAUGACGCUCUGAAGUCGUCUACACAAACUGCAGCUAUAUUGCAUCUCACUAUUUUCAUAUAGAAAACGAAGAGGAAGAAAAAUGAAAUGUAUUCAUUUUCCAGACGUUUAAAAAGAAAAAAAAAAAUGAGACGCUUGGUAAAAGAAAUCCAGAGGUGUUUUUAACGAGGACUAUGUUUUGUAAUCAGAUCUAUUUUGCUGACAGAGUGUACAGAUAUGUGCAUGUAUUUUAUGCUGCCUGGGUUCUUUAUGCACAGUUCAGGUUUGGGACUGAAGAACAACAUUUGAAUAUGACAAUCUUUUUGUGGGGCAUUUGAAGUCACAUUUGUAAAUAAAUGUCUUUUUAUACA